GCGUCCUGGUUACUAGUGUCAUCCCAUGGUUUUUUUUUUUAAAAAAAAAAAACUUGGUGUGAUCCCAUUUCAGCUGAUAAAAUGAUAGAUGUAAUUCCAGUGCCCAAUAAAAAAGUGACAGCACAUAGUAGCCUUAUCCACAAUACUUCAGAUUACUGUAUGUCUCCGAUUGCAAUUGGGCUUCAGCUUACUAGUGGUCUGUUCAGAGUUGGCUUCCCAUAGUAAUUACCAUUCAAUUCUCUUCGAAUCAAAGAAACAGAGAUGGAGAAGCAGAUUAUACAUUUCAGCCAUUGGCAUUACUUGAGACUCGACCAACAGAAACGUAAAGAAGGGGAUCAAAUGACUUGCAAUGGUUGCGAAAACAAAAUCUCGGGUGAUUUCUAUGGUUGCACAAAAUGCAAACAUUACGUUUGCAAAUCAUGUGUUGGAUUGGCGCCAGAGAUACGGCACCCCUUUCACACCAAACAUCCCCUCACUCUUUUCGCUCAAACACCUUACGAAGAAUCUAGGGAUCCUGAUCAUCAACCGCCUUAUGGUCAUUCGGUACCUUACUGCAAUCCCUGCGGGAUGAGAUGUGACGGCUUCAUUUUCCAUUGUUCUGAAUGUCAAUUUGACCUGCACCUUAAUUGCGCUACUCUGAUGCCCACCACCAACAACUACAAGACAAGUGAGCAACAAACGCCGCAUCUAUGCUUGCUUAGGUCGUUUAGCAACAAACCUCAUCCCCUGAUUCCUUGUUAUAGGAAGAACAAGCAGCUUGAUUUUGUGUGCUCUGUGUGCAAGCAACACAUCAAGGGCACCAUCUAUGCUUGUUUAGAUUGCCAUGCUAUCAUGGAUGAAUCAUGUAUACAACUCCCACACCAGAUCACACAUCACUUGCACCCUCAACAUACUCUCACUCUCGAAGAGUCUUAUGGGGAUUAUGCAUACAACUGUAAAGAGUGUAACUUUCGUCUGGACGUAAGGUACGCUUCUCUAAUGCCCAAAGCCAUAAUAGAAAACUAUGAUGAUCAAAGUUUAGAAAACCACCAGGUUGUUCAGGCACUAUUCACCCACCCGCAUGAUUUGAUUCCAUGUGAUAAUUCCAAAGGAAUUUUUAGUUUUUCAUGUUCCGCCUGUGGGCUCUGCAUCGAGGGUACAGUCUAUGUUUGUCUUCAAUGCAAUUUUUUGCUGCACAAAUCGUGCGCUGAAUUGCCACUGCAGAUCAAACACCCCUUUCAUCCACCACAUCCUCUUGAGCUCCAUUACGAAUAUUGGUACAUCCAUUACCAAUGCAAGGCAUGUAAAUGUUCUAUUUUGGGCUUCAAGUACUGGUGUGGCAAGUGUGACUUUGAGAUGGAUGUCACAUGUGCUUCGCUAACCUACUCCACUCUUAAAUUUGAAAUUCACAAGCACCCUCUUGCUAUCUUCAACGAUCCUAAAUUUACAAAAAGAAAAACGGAUAGCUUAGUUAAUUGCAACAUUUGUGAAAAUUUUACGGGUUUUCCGAUUCUCCGUUGUGUGCCAUGCGAUUUUAGUAUUAAGUUAUGUUGUCUUACAAUGUUACCACAUAAAUUUAAACACAGCAAUCACCGACAUUCUCUCUCCCUCACUUAUUCUCUCGUUAAAGACCAUUCAGAUGAUGAUGAGGACUCCGAAUAUUACUGUGAUGUUUGCGAGGAAUUAAGAAACCUGUGGGAGCCAACUUAUUAUUGCAAGGAUUGCCACUAUGUUGCUCAUACUAGCUGCGCAUUCCAUGAGAUUCUUUUUUUACUAGGGAUGGAGUGGCCCUUGGCACUAGAUGAAGAGAUUGUAAAUCUUCAAGCAAAGGUUGACUCAUUAAUAUCAAAAGUGGAUGAAAUUAAGGAGAGACGGGCCAAUGAAUACAAAAUUUGGUUAGAAAAAGGGGACCGCAACACUGCCAUACUAGAUGCAAAAAUUUCAAUGCAUGAAAAAGAGGAAAACGCACUGACAAAUAAAUUAAAGACACUAACAACAAAGUUGGAUGAACUUAAGGAGGGCCAUCCAAAGCACAUUGGUGGCUACCAAAUUGGAAGUAUACCUUCACUGGGUACAAAGUCAUCUAUGACCGUUCUUGACAUCUCGAAUGAGGUUAAAGAAGACUGCACUGUGAAAAGUAUGAAAAAGGAUGAAGACAUAGAUGUGGGCGCAAACACAAAUUCAUAUGUGACUAUUCUUGGCCGCUCUGAUGUGGUGGUUGAAGAAUGCUGCAGUGUGAAAAGUACAAAAAAGGGUGAAGAUGAAGAUGAGGAAAGUGAUUGUACAUUCUCCACCCUUGCUAAUCUAGAUGAAGAGAUAGUGGCAAUAAAAAUAAUGAUAGAGACACUAUCAACAAAGUUAGAGGCACUUGAGAAGAAACGUGCACGUUGUGUCUCACAUCUCGAGCUCAAAUGAUAAGUCUUUGAUUGGGGUUCAGUAUGGAGUCACCAUGCUCGAGUAUUUGCUGUGAUGUUAGAUCUGGGGCAUGUUGGUAGAUAUGUUAGCUGGAGUAAGAGAAUUCAUGUGGAUGGAAUUAAGGUAAGGAUGAUGAUGAUGGUAGAUAUGUUAACAAAUUGGAUAGUAAAAGUAUUUUUAUCUUAUGUACUUCAAUUAAUCAGCAUGUUGGUCAGCAUAUAUCUGAAGGAAGGCCUUGUGGACCUGUAGCACCAUCUUGAAUUGGGUAUUGUCCCUUUGUAUUUAGAUGCUUGUUCAAAAUUUAUGUUUGAAAUUAAACAUUCGAUAUAUAUAUAUAUAUGUUUUCACUUGAUGUAUC